AUGGAUUCGACGGACGCCGCAGCUGGCUCUUCUGGUCCCACUGCAGAAGAAGCCGACAAGAAGCACUCGCACAAUUCCCAAACUGAAUAUUCCUAUUCAAAAAACGGGAAAUUUUGCUUUAAGUCGAAAUCCAGAUCCAGGGAAGAUGAUCACCACCGCAGUCAUCGACACAAGCAUCGCCGCCAUCACCACGGAGAUGAUGAUUCCUCCGCUAAACGUCGCAAAACUAGACAUGGCCGGGCGCCUUCAAUGUCACCAGAAUACAACUCGCAUCCUUCUGCAGAUGCCGCGUUUCGGGAAUCUCUAUUCGAUGCGCUGGCUGACGACGAAGGUGCUGCGUAUUGGGAAUCAGUCUACGGACAACCGAUCCAUACAUAUUCCAUACCUUCUGUGCCCAAGGGUCCUAAUGGUGAGUUGGAGCAGAUGUCAGAUGAUGAGUACGCAGCGUACGUUCGAGCGCGUAUGUGGGAGAAAACGCACGAAGGUAUAAUGGAAGAGCGUGAGCGCUUGCGCGCGGAGAAGGCAAAGCAGAAAGAACAGCAGCAGAAAUGGGAACGAGAAACCCAUGAGAGAACGCAGUUUGAUCGUGCGAUGGAAGAGAGUCUGCGGCGUGGUCGGGAAAGACGGAGAGCCAAGGCCUGGAAUUCAACAUGGAUUGAGUACCAGCGGAGCUGGGAGAAACUGGACCGGCUGGUUGUACCAGGCCAGGGUGGUGAAGGAGAAGGAAAGGAAAACGGUGCCAAAGGUUUUCAAAAUUUUAUUUUUUGGCCCGUUGAGUCAGGAAACCGAAAAGACGUCUCGCCGGAGGCAGUUGAGGAAUUUCUCCGCCAUGCUCCUCGCGAUAGAGCUCGGGAACAGGCAGAAGAUGAUCCCCUAAGAGGACUUCUGGCUGUUCUCAAAACUGAACGCAUCCGCUGGCAUCCAGAUAAGAUCCAACAUCGCUAUGGAGCUCUUGGAAUUGAUGAUGCCGUCAUACGCAGCGUUACUGAGGUUUUUCAAAUCAUCGAUCGGAUGUGGAAUGAGGAGAGGGAGAAGCGGCGGUAG